AUGAGCGGGCCGGAGAUUCUCGGGUCAUCGGGCGGAGUCGACUUCCAACCUCGAACCUCCAAACAACCCCGAGAACUCUCACUCUGCUCCUCGUCACUCGCUGCUUCCUCCCUCUCGACUUCUCGACCCCAAAUUCGCGUCGGAAACAAUGGCUCUUUCGCAAGUCCUCUACCGAGGAACGCGGUCUACCUCACCAGCAUCUUCGUCAGUGCCUUUGCUUUUGAGAUUGCAUUCGACUCUACUUCCAACAAGAUCUGGGACACCCUCAACCAGGGCCGCCAAUGGAAGGAUAUCCGUCACCAGUACAUCCAGGCGGCCGAGGAAGAUGAAGAAUAG